AUGAUCAUCUACCAAGACGUUAUUUCAAACGACGAAUUAUUAUCUGACGCUUACGAUGUUAAGUUAGUCGACGAUGCUGUUUACGAAGCUGACUGUGCUAUGGUUAAUGUUGGUAAUGGUGACAUUGAUAUUGGUGCCAACCCAUCUGCUGAAGAUGGUGAGGAAGCAUUGGAAGAUGGUUCUGAAACCGUCAACAAUGUUGUCUACUCAUUCAGAUUGCAACCAACUCAAUUUGAUAAGAAAUCUUUCACUACUUAUAUCAAAGGUUACAUGAAGAGAGUCAAGGCUUAUUUGGCUGAACACAACCCAGAUGAAGUCGAAGUUUUUGAAAAAGGUGCUACCAAGUACGUUAAAAAGGUUUUGGGAUCAUUCAAUGAUUGGGAUUUCUACACCGGUGAAUCUAUGGACCCAGAUGCCAUGAUUGUUUUGUUGAACUACAGAGAAGACGGAACUACUCCAUACGUUGCCAUUUGGAAACACGGUGUUAAGGAAAACAAAAUCUAA